AUGCAGCCACCCGCUGAUUACACUCAAUCCCAACCCACAACCCCACCACCACCACCAAACCCCUCCAGAACCACAAUCUACGUCUGCGUCCCCCUCGACAACAGAACCAUCGACGCCUUCAAAGCUUCCCCCAACAAGGACCUAGCAAUCCUCAUAAGAGCAACCCACGAACUCCUCGUCCCAAACAACAGAGACCUGGAAAUGGUCAUCGGGGACGGACCCCUGGUGAAGGAUAAUUUCGUGCCUGUUGCAGUUAAUCUCAAACCUAAGGAUGGGACUGAUCCUGCCGGUGAGUUUGAUCUGUAUGAUGAAGAUGAGAGGGAGUGGUUGAUUAAGCAGGCGGAAAUUAACGUUGCCGGGUGGAUGUUUCGGUAUAGGGAGUUUGGGAGGAUUUCGUUUGGGAUGAAGAUCUUUUUGCAGGAGAUUGGGUUUAUUUGA